UUUCCGGCCACCUCAGCGGGAAGCGGAGACGCAAGUAGCUGGAUCUCCGGUAACUGAGACAUAGGGUAUAACUGUUGUCGCGGCGGAGGAAGUGAGGACGGCGCCAAGGGCCUUCCGGGCCAGUGUUGGAUCCCUGUAGUUUGUGAAGAUGGUGUUGCUAACAAUGAUCGCCCGAGUGGCGGACGGGCUCCCGCUGGCCGCCUCGAUGCAGGAGGACGAACAGUCUGGCCGGGACCUUCAACAGUAUCAGAGUCAGGCUAAGCAACUCUUUCGAAAGUUGAAUGAACAGUCCCCUACCAGAUGUACCUUGGAAGCAGGAGCCAUGACUUUUCACUACAUUAUUGAGCAGGGGGUGUGUUAUUUGGUUUUAUGUGAAGCUGCCUUCCCUAAGAAGUUGGCUUUUGCCUACCUAGAAGAUUUGCACUCAGAAUUUGAUGAACAGCAUGGAAAGAAGGUGCCCACUGUGUCCCGACCCUAUUCCUUUAUUGAAUUUGAUACUUUCAUUCAGAAAACCAAGAAGCUCUACAUUGACAGUCGUGCUCGAAGAAACCUAGGCUCCAUCAACACUGAAUUGCAAGAUGUGCAGAGGAUCAUGGUGGCCAAUAUCGAAGAAGUGUUACAACGAGGAGAAGCACUCUCAGCAUUGGAUUCAAAGGCUAACAAUUUGUCCAGUCUGUCCAAGAAAUACCGCCAGGAUGCGAAGUACUUGAACAUGCGUUCCACUUAUGCCAAACUUGCAGCAGUAGCUGUAUUUUUCAUCAUGUUAAUAGUGUAUGUCCGAUUCUGGUGGCUGUGAAAUAAUGAAUACAGUCACUGGUA